CUCUAGUUCACAUUAUAGAAUCCUAAACCCAAGAGGGGCAGUAGCCAUGAGAUCCCAACGCUUAACAUCCCAGAGUUCAACUCUUUUUCUUGUUGCUAUCUCUCUAUGCUUCUCUUUGUCAAGUUCGAGAAACCCCAACAUUUUGCAGAGAGGUUCCUCUUUGUCUGUCGAAGAUGACUCAGACAUGUUAACUUCUGCAGACAACACGUUUACUUGUGGCUUUUACAAUGUUGGUGAAAAUGCUUACUACUUCUCAAUUUGGUUCACCAACUCUAAGGAGAAAACGGUUGUUUGGAUGGCUAACCGCGACAAACCCGUUAAUGGGAAGGGCUCGAGAGUUUCUCUACUGCGAGAUGGUGCCCUUGUCUUGAAAGAUGUCGAUGGCUCCACCACAUGGGAGACCAACACCAGCAGCACGGAUGUUCAAAAGGCGGAGCUUUUGGAUAAUGGAAAUCUUGUUCUUAAAGACUCAACUGGUAAAAUUCUUUGGCAAAGCUUUGAUUUCCCAACAGAUACACUUCUUCCUCACCAACUCUUUACCAAGAGUAAGAAGUUGAUUUCCAGGUUAGGAAGAGGAAAUUAUGCUGCUGGAUAUUUCCUUUUUUUUUUUGAUACUGAUAAUGUCUUGAGAUUGAUGUAUGAUGGGCCUGAUAUUUCAAGCGUGUAUUGGCCUAAUAUUGACUUGAAUGUGUUUCAAAAUGGGAGAACAAACUAUAACAGUACUAAAAUUGCCGUUUUAGAUGACAUGGGGAGGUUUUUGUCAAGUGAUAGGUUGGAUUUCAAUGCUUCUGAUUGGGGUUUUGGGAUCAAGAGGAGGCUGACAAUUGACUACGAUGGUAACCUCAGGCUCUAUAGCCUGAAUAAUCGGACAGGAUUAUGGAUUAUCUCAUGGAAAGCUGUUAUGCAGCAUUGUUUAGUGCAUGGGCUUUGUGGGAGGAACGGGGUUUGUGUUUAUACACCAGAAACGAAGUGCUCAUGUCCUCCUGGAUAUGAGAUGGCUGACCCAAGUAAUUGGAACAAGGGCUGUAAGCCUAUGUUCAGUGCAAUCUGUUCACACUCCCAGCAGGUGAGAUUCGUGAAACUUCAACAUGUGGACUUCUAUGGAUUUGAUUCCUCUUACACUACAGAAAUAUCAUUUGAUUCUUGCAAAAAGAAAUGCUUGGAAGAUUGCCAGUGUCAAGCAUUUAGCUACAGGCUAUCAGGGGAAGGGAGAUGUUACACUAAAGUUGAACUUUUCAAUGGCUACCAGUCUCCAAAUUUCUCAGGUAACAUAUAUUUAAAAUUGCCUUUGAGUAUAGAAUCAUCAGAAGACAUCAUUCUCAAUGGCACUAAUUAUAUAUGCAAUUCAAGUGAAUCUAUAAUGAAGAUAGGGAUUUCUUCUAUGUAUGGAAUCGGAGGUAAAAGGAUGAGAUGGGUAUAUCUAUACUCGUUUGCCUCUGCCAUUGGUUUGAUUGAAAUGCUCCUUAUAGUGUCAAGUUGGUGGCUUCUUAUCAGAAGACGUGGUGUGCAAGCUGUGGUGGAAGAAGGAUGUCGUGUGAUAUCUAGGCAAUUUAUGAAGUUCACCUAUAUGGAACUCAAGAAGGCAACCAAGAACUUUAAGGAAGAGUUGGGUAAAGGAGCCUCCGGAGCUGUAUUUAAGGGUGUCUUGGCGGACGAAAGGGUGGUGGCUGUCAAGAAACUGGGAGGUGCGUAUCAAAUGGAGGAAGUUUUUCAAGCAGAAGUGAGCACAAUCGGCAAGAUCAACCACAUGAACCUUGUGAGAAUGUGGGGAUUUUGUUCAGAAUCCAGACACAGACUCCUAGUCUACGAGUACGUGGAAAAUAAGUCCUUGGACAAACUUCUUUUUACAGAAAAUUUUCUUGGAUGGAAAGAGAGAUUUAAAGUUGCCGUAGGGACAGCAAAAGGUUUAGCCUAUCUUCACCAUGAGUGCCUAGAAUGGGUCAUACACUGUGAUGUGAAACCUGAAAAUAUACUUCUGGAUGGUGAAUUUGAACCUAAGAUUUCAGAUUUUGGAUUAGCAAAUUUGUCUCAAAGGGGCCACAAGAAUUCUGAAUUCUCUCGAAUUCGAGGAACAAAAGGUUACAUGGCUCCUGAGUGGGCAUUAAACCUUCCUAUCACAGCAAAAGUUGAUGUGUAUAGUUACGGAGUCGUGAUUCUAGAGUUGGUGAAAGGCAUUCGGCUCUCCAAUUGGGUAGUCGAGGAUGGCGAGGAGCAAGAAACUGAGUUGACGAGGUUUGUCAGGGUAACCAAAAGAAAAAUUCAAAGUGAAGAGGCGGCUUGGAUGGAGGAUGCAGUGGACACAAGAUUGAAUGGAGAAUUCAGCAAAAUCCAAGCAGCAAAAAUGGUUGAAAUUGGAAUUUCUUGUGUGGAGGAAGACAGAAGCAAGAGACCAACAAUGGAUUCUAUAGUCCAAGCUCUAAUGGCAUGUGAAGAUGUUAAUCAGAUCCACACUCCAGAGAAUGGCAGUGCCAUUUGAGCUAUAAAUCUCAUUUUUACCUU